AGCAAUACAAGAGCCUUACAUGUGACUUAAAUAAAAUUGUUGUAUGUUUAUAAAAAAAACUGAAGCAGUGUUUGAACAUUUCCUGAAAUCAAAUGGAAGCUCUUAGCACGGAUAACUUUAUGGAACCGGUCGAUGCUGAUCCGGACCCGAGUGCUAUGCAAGUAUUUACAUGUACUGUAUGUAAUGCGUCCAAUAUCAUGGCACUACACCGUGACAACCAUCAUCUGAAGCGUCAUGUAAAUAUCUCAAAAGAUGAAAAUAUAUUUAAACACACACAAGUUACAAGUUCAGCGCAUAGCAAAAGAAUGCGAUCAAUAUCUGGCUCAUCCAAUCAAAGUCUGGAGAGUAUUGAACAAGCCAAAGAUAAGCAACACCCGGACACACAAUCGGAAAGCAUGAAGAUGGUGUCGACAAAAGUCGCAUCGAAUCAAAAUUACGAGUUGAUUCACUUGACAAUGCUCCGAUGUCGUAUUUGCCGUGCCCCUCAUAUCAAAGAGAAUUACAAUCAGCCAUUGGAUCAAAGCAUUUGUGAUGCAUGUAAAGAAUCAAAGAAUCUUUCACAGAAGCAAGCGUACAAACGUUAUCGUUUUAAACACACCAAUCAAGCCGACGUGCAACCAAAUGGCGGCCAACAAUUUCAAUUGAACACAAAAAUGUAUGGAUGUAAAAUUUGCGGAUGUUAUGCAAUUUGCGAAGACGAUUUGGAAGAACAUCAUUCAAUGAAUCACAACGAUAUUCCAAUGGGCGAAGAUAUCUUUCAAUUUAUUGGUGCUAGAGCAUAUAAUAAAUGCUCGAUUUGUGAUAAAGUUGUGAAUAGCGAAGAUUUUAAAAAUCAUUUAAUGAGAACCCAUUCACGGAAAUGGAAAUUACAUUCAUGUGGCGUUGGUGGCAAUCAAAAGGAAGUUUCGGGAGGCAUCAUUGAUGAGGGACAGAAAUUGACUGAAUCCGUACAGAACAAGAAUACCACCACGAAUGCUGUUGAAACGGCGACGAAUGAGCAAAAGUCGAUCGAUUCCACCCCAAAUCUCAGACCCGUUUUGGUUGAUGUUAGUAGUGAACAAAAUUCGGCCAAACAAAAGCCUUUGAUAUCGGAGACUGAUGCCAAGCCAUAUCGCAAGUCCCACCUGGUUGAUGUCAGUGUGAAGGAAGGCAAUGAAGAGGAUAUCAAUACGGUCACACAGCAAACAAGUUCAGUUGUUAGCAAUACACAACCAACGUACAAAUGCACUAUUUGUAAUGCUGAUGGUAUCUCAAAAAUACAUUUACGGUCACAUCAAUGGAAAAAUCACCGUGCUAUUAAACCAAUCGAGGAAAUGUUCAAGCCCAGCACCAGAGGCCCGAAUAAAAAUCAAUCAAAGGUCACACUCGUUCCGCUCCCCGUACUUGCUAAACCAAAGACGAUCACACAAAAGUUGACACCAGCCAGUAACGCCAAGUCAGAUACAAAGACAAAUUCCAAAUCAAAUCCAACGCCAAAUUCGAAGUCAGAUCCAAAGCCACAUUUCAAGCCCAUCCUGGUUGAUAUGAAUCAGAACACAUUGUGGCAAUUACUAUUGACAAUAAAUUCGAAGUCAGGCACCGAGAGUCUAUCAGCCGACACUGUACCAACAAGGGUGCCGCCAAAUUCCAUCGAUGAAAAGGUGUCUAAAGACGAAGUCACCGUGGUGCCAAAGGCUGCUGACGUCACACAGUCAAAGUAUUAUAAAUGCGGUUUGUGCGACUCUAAACGUAUAAAAGAGUCAAAUUUGGCGAAACAUCGAAAGAAAAAUCACCCAAAAGAUGUUUCAACUACUUUCGAUCAAAUGUUUGAGCUGAUGGCCCCAGAGGAAAAUACUUUAUUAAAUAAAGGUAAAAAAAGUAACACAAAAAUGUACAACUGCAUUGUUUGCAAUGCCGAUAUAAUGCAAUAUAAUAUGUUGGAACAUCAUAUAAAAAAUCACGAUGAAAUUCCAAUCAAAGAAAAUAUUUUCGAGUUGCGUCGUGACACCGUCGAACGUGAUGGCCGCAAAGCGCAGAUACAGAAAAAGUCACAAAAAAUCAUUAAACAGGUUGCAUUACCCACGCACAUCCGAGGUGAUUCAAAGCAAUCGAACCACAAGGUCCAGAACAAAUUUGCUGAGAAUCGAUAUGUUGACCAGAAAAUCCCAUCGAGAAUUCUUGUCGGUGGCCAACUGAAACUAUUCCAUUGUAAACUUUGUAAAGCGCAAAAUAUUAUGGAAUACGAUUUAGACAAACAUCGAUUGAGUAAACAUAAGAAAGUCCAGAUCUAUGGUAACAUUUUCGUUUUGAUUAAAACGAAACGUCAUUGCAAAAUAUGCAAUACCCUGAUAGAUGAAGGCAAAUUUGGAAGUCACAUGAAGAAAAACCACCAACGGCGCAAAGAGACAUUGACUGUGAAGAUGUCCAUGUGUGGACUUUGCGAUGUAAUGACACUCGAACGAAAUAUGAAAAAACAUCACAAAAGACAACAUCGCCAUAUACCAUUCAAAAUGAACCACACGAAAUACCACACGUUCCGGCAAAAAUUCCCAUGUGGGAUAUGCGGGCGACUAAUUACCGAAGGACAUUUGAAAAAACAUAAACUGAAGCAAUGCCUUUCAUUCAAAACAAUGAACAUGCACUCAAUGAUGACUUUUGAUGAUGUUUUUUUUUGAACUUCAAGUUAGUGUAAACGAGAUACUUUGAUUAAACACACCAGUCGUUAUGUUUUUUUGUUUUG